AGUCUUGGACUCAAGUCCCUCGCCUUGCCCAGUGUGGCCACUGAGAGGUUAAAGCGUCCGCUGGCUUCCCCGCUGCGUGGGGGACGCGAGGUGGGUGGGCGCUCACAGGUUGCGGGCCGAGGAGAGUACAGCUUCUGAGGCUCCGGGAAGGAGAUCCGAGUCCUUCCGUGCUGCUUUCUCUUUCCGAGCUUAAGUUUAUUUUACCUGCUCAAAGGCUGAAGGUAACCAGCGCCGACUGCGGACAGACAGCCCACGGGGACUCCCCAGUGUCUCCGCCUCCACGACCAUCCGGGAACCACUCCUCUCACCUCCCGCCCCAUCCCCCGAGGCCCUCCCCCUCCUCCCAUCGCCGGGGUCUCGACCCGUAACCCCUUGGUCGCAGAGAACUGGUCACUUUGGCACGCGCAGACUUAGGGGACCUAAGGGUUGAGAGCGCCACGGAGGGGCGGGGACCUGUGCUUGACUGGCUGACGGAGACGGGGGAUGGCGGGGGCGGAGGCCCCCUCCAGGCCGCGCUGGGGCUGUAGCGCUAGAGGCCCGGAGGGGAGGGGAGAGUGACCAUGGGUUCUGAGUGACAGGCGGCGAAGAGAGGAGCCAAUAUAUAUAAGGAAGGCUCCAGAGCGCGCAGGUUUCAGUAGCGGCGCAGAGCGCAAGCUGGGAACACGAGGCCAAGAGCCGCAGCUCGAGCCGCCUCAGUGCACUGUACCCGGGCACUAGCCCGCUUGCAGCCUCAGGAUUAGCCCGAGGACACAUCCUCAGUCCGGCCACCGCCCAGCCGCCCUCACCUGGAUUACCUACGGCCGCAGUUGGAGCAGAGCUAGCGAGAAGGCGAAGCGGGAGGAAAGCCCCAGAAGAGCCUGGCUUUUUAGGGACCCUUCUGGCGGAUAGACGCGCGGGAAAGCGGCGUCCCAAACGAAGCCAGCUACAGGGCGGGCUCGGGGAAAGAGCGACGCUCCAGGGGAUGGCAGCCGGGUCCCGUAGCGCCUCUGGCUGGGCGCUACUGCUGCUGGUGGCACUUUGGCAGCAGCGCGCAGCCGGCUCCGGAGUCUUCCAGCUGCAGCUGCAGGAGUUUGCCAACGAGCGCGGGGUACUGGCCAGCGGGCGGCCGUGCGAACCCGGCUGCAGGACCUUCUUCCGCGUCUGCCUUAAGCACUUCCAGGCGGUCGUCUCUCCCGGGCCCUGCACUUUCGGCAGCGUCUCGACGCCUGUGUUGGGCACCAACUCCUUCGCCGUCGGGGACGAUAGUAGCGGCGGUGGACGCAACCCUCUUCAACUGCCUUUCAAUUUCACCUGGCCGGGUACCUUCUCACUCAUCAUCGAAGCUUGGCACGCGCCAGGAGACGACCUGAGGCCAGAGGCCUUGCCACCAGAUGCGCUCAUCAGCAAGAUCGCCAUCCAGGGCUCCCUAGCUGUGGGCAAGAACUGGUUACUGGAUGAGCAGACCAGCCCUCCCACAAGGCUGCGCUACUCUUACCGGGUCAUCUGCAGUGACAACUACUAUGGGGACAGCUGCUCACGCCUGUGCAAGAAGCGCAAUGACCACUUCGGCCACUACGUGUGCCAGCCAGAUGGCAGCUUGUCCUGCUUGCCCGGCUGGACUGGCGAGUACUGCGAACAGCCUGUCUGUCUUUCUGGCUGUCAUGAACAGAAUGGAUACUGCAGCAAGCCCGCAGAGUGCAUCUGCCGCCCAGGCUGGCAGGGACGCCUGUGCAACGAGUGCAUCCCCCACAAUGGCUGUCGCCAUGGCACCUGCAGCAUCCCCUGGCAAUGCACGUGUGAUGAGGGCUGGGGAGGCCUAUUCUGUGACCAAGAUCUCAAUUACUGCACCCACCACUCUCCAUGCAAGAAUGGGGCAACGUGCUCCAACAGUGGGCAGCGGAGCUACACCUGCACCUGUCGCCCAGGCUACACUGGCGUGGACUGUGAACUGGAACUCAGCGAGUGUGACAGCAACCCCUGUCGCAAUGGAGGCAGCUGUAAGGACCAGGAAGAUGGCUACCACUGCCUGUGUCCUCCAGGCUACUAUGGCCUGCACUGCGAACACAGCACUUUGAGCUGUGCAGACUCCCCCUGCUUCAAUGGGGGCUCCUGCAGGGAGCGCAACCAGGGGGCCAGCUAUGCCUGUGAAUGCCCCCCCAACUUCAUGGGCUCCAACUGUGAGAAGAAGGUGGACAGGUGUACCAGCAACCCGUGUGCCAAUGGGGGCCAGUGCGUGAACCGUGGUCCUAACCGCAUGUGCCGCUGCCGUCCUGGAUUCACAGGCCUUCACUGUGAACUCCACAUCAGCAACUGUGCCCGCAGCCCUUGUGCCCAUGGCGGCACUUGCCAUGAUCUAGAGAAUGGGCUUGUGUGCACCUGCCCGGCUGGCUUCUCCGGCCGGCGCUGCGAGGUGCGGAUUCCUAAUGAUGCCUGUGACUCGGGACCCUGCUUCAACGGGGCCACCUGCUACCCUGGCCUCUCCCCGGACAGCUUCGUCUGCAACUGUCCCUAUGGCUUCGCGGGCAGCCGCUGCGAGUUCCCUAUGAGUAUGCCACCCAGCUUCCCCUGGGUGGCUGUCUCUCUAGGCGUGGGACUGGUGGUGGUGCUGGUGUUGCUGGGCAUGGUGGCAGUCGCAGUGCGGCAGCUGCGGCUUCGGCGGCCUGACGAUGGUGGCAGGGAGGCCAUGAACAACUUGUCAGACUUCCAGAAGGACAACCUGAUCCCUGCCGCCCAGCUUAAGAAUACAAACCAGAAGAAGGAGCUGGAAGUGGACUGUGGCCUGGACAAGUCCAACUGUGGCAAACAGCAGAACCACACACUGGACUAUAAUCUGACCCCAGGGCUUCUGGGGCGAGGGACCAUGAUGGGGAAAUAUUCCCACAGUGAUAAGAGCUUAGGGGAGAAGGCGCCACUGAGGUUACACAGUGAAAAGCCAGAGUGUCGGAUAUCAGCGAUAUGCUCCCCCAGGGACUCCAUGUACCAGUCUGUGUGUUUGAUAUCAGAAGAGAGGAACGAAUGUGUCAUUGCCACAGAGGUAUAAGGCAGGAGCCUUCCCAGGACAUCCCAGCUUUGCCCCAGCAGCUGGAUCUUCCUUCUGCAUUGUUUACAUUGCAUCCUGGAUGGGACAUUUUUAAUAUGCAACGUGCUGCUCUCAGGAGGAAGAGGGAAUGGCAUGACCUGGACAGACUGUGAACUUGCCAAGAGAUGCAGUACCCUUCCACGCCUUGGGGUGUCUGUCUGGCAUCAGCUUGGCAGCCGUGCCAGCCAGAGGAACAGAGAGGAGAGGUGCAACUGGGACCUGCCCUGCUGGCAGUGGCUUUCAGAGGGGCUCCUCUGGGAAUCUGGCCUGUUUUCUAGAGGGAGAGGCAGUGGCCCCUUGGGGCCUGGAGCUGCUGUGGCCUCCACUGGCAUCUGUGUUUCCAAAAGUGCCUUUGGCCUGGGCUCCAUGGUGACAGCUGUGGAAAGGAGAGAGGAGGCCAGUAUGGGCAGGGCCAUCUGUGGGCCAGAGUACCACCGGGCGCGGCUCUUGGCAGGAGUUGCCCUGCAGGUGAGCCGAGAACCCCAUGUCUCCAGCCACUGCAUGUGGGCCUUGCUCAUAACACGGCUCCAGCUUCUCCUAUUGGCCAGGGCCCUCUGGGAAGGGCUGUUGGUAAGACUUACUUGGCUUCCACAGCCUCCGGCCUUGCGUGCCUCUGGGUUCCUGUGAGCAGACAGGUGGAGGGCAUGCCCUAUCUGUCAGCUGGGGGCACCAGGCCUAACUGGGGAGCUCAGGGCAGUGAUGGAAAUUCCAGUGAGGGACAAGUGAGGUGCUGUUACCGCCUAGGCCCUUUCCUCCCUCAAACCAUUCCUCCAGCCUUGAGCCUACACCCACUACUGCCCCAAGACCACCCUGGAAGCCGAUCUUCAGAAAUCAAUAAUAUGAGUUUUUUUUUUUUUUGUAGUUUAUUUUGGAAUCUAGUAUUUCGAUAAUUUAAGAAUCAGAAGCACUGACCUUUCUACAUUUUAUAACAUUAUUUUGUAUAUAAUGUGUAUUUAUAAUAUGGAACAGACGUGUACAGGAGUUUAUUACAUCUUGGGUCCUGUCUUUGUGAUGGCAGAGUGGGAAUCCUCUCUCUAUCCUCUCUGAGUCCCCUUCUCAUAUUGCUGCUGGCCUCCCUGCCAGGACCCCCGGGACCUGUGCAUGCACUUGACCUUUGCCUGCCAGGCUCCUUCCAGUCCUUGCAGAGCCCCGUCUCGCCAUCUUCUCCCAGGCCUACGCCAGCCUUCCCCGCCUGCUGGCUUUCCCCCCUGUGCUUCCACCAUAAGUUGGGGGAUAUGCUCCCUGACCUGGAUCUAUCCCCCUUUCUCUCCUUAAGCCUGAAAGUUUUGGGCCUCCCUAGUCAGCCUAGGAGAUACAGGAACUGGGGCAAGGGAUUAUCCUGUUUUCCUUUUUUCAAAAGGAUUCACUUAUUGGACAAUGGGGUCUCUGAACCAUAAUGACAUCUGGGCCCCUCCUCCUGCCAUUGCAGGGUUUUAGAUGGACUGGCACCUACAUACUCUUUUCUCAGUCCCAGUGGGGCACUGAUCUUGGGGGUGGGGAGGGCCUUACCUUAGGUCUGCAUUCCUUGCAGCUGGGCAAGGGCGCUGAGUCCGGGCUCCUGGUCCGCCCAGAGCUGCAGGAAUUUUUUGAAGACUGCAGGGAGAGGAGGAGGAGGAGGUAGCCUUCCCUGGGGCCAGGUUUCUCUGGCUGAGGCACUAAUGAGGGAGUUUUAGUCUCUACUUCAUGUCUAUCCUCCUCUAAGGUGCAGGAUGGUCCCUAGGGGGCCACAGUCCUCUCUCUACAGCCACAGGCAUAUGACAUGGGAAGUAAAUGAUGAAAAAAUUGAGCU